AUGAAAGAAGAGCAGCUGCUUGUGAAUCAUGAAGAUGAAUCGUUGGGGUAUGCAAGCUCCUCACCGCAACUAGUGCAAAACCCUGUUGUGGCCUGGGCAGUUAGAGGCCUCGGCUUGUUGCUCUUUUUCGUAGUGGUUCUAGUGGUCCAAGGAAGCCCUUUGCAGGCUCCACGCGUGACCCGCCUAGCGACCGAGGCAACCACGUGGGUAGAGAUGCUACCAACUGACGUUGUCAGUCAUAUGGAUAGAAAUGUGGAUCCGUGUGACGACUUGUACACGUUUAGUUGCGGCUCAUGGCUGAAAAAUAUGAAGAUUCCGGAAGACGAGUCGAGUGUGUCCUUGAUCAUGGAUAAGUUAAAUGAUGAGAAUGAAAAGGUGUUGAAGCACGUGAUGCAGCAAGGUUGGCCGCUCGUGGGCGAGUUGUACGACUCGUGUAUGAGCUUUAACAACACGAGCAGUACGACGGCGGAUGACGCGUCGUUAAAGGUCCUGUCGCCAGUUUUAGAGCAGAUUGCUGCGACAAAGAACAAGAGAAAGCUGUUUCGAUUGGCAGGAGUCUUGUUCAAAACAGGAACAAGCUUUGUGACAAGACUUAAUAUCGAUGCGGAUGCUCGAGAAACGACCGUGAACGCGUUGUAUGUAUCGCAAAAUGGACUGUCACUGCCAGAUUUACCGUAUUAUAUGGACCGCAAGAAGUUUGACUCCAUCAGUGACGCAUUCCAUGCGUACGUGGUGAAGUUGUUUAUGUUAGCUGGAUGGGGGUCGCGUGCAGCAGCAUCGCAAGCUUCUACAGUGAUUGGCUUUGAACAAAUGCUUGCACCGCUUUUCGUACCGAUUGAUGAUCCUGUCGCAACGUACAAUCGCAUGAGCGUGGCCCAAGCUGCUGAUAGAUAUCCGUUGGUUUUCUCCGAGUUUUUAAAGGGUGCAGGGAUACUUAGGAACCUCACAGAUCAGAACGCUGACGUGAUCGUGCAAACGCCAGAAUUUUUUAAGCAUGUUGAACAGCUCGUGACUGGAGAUUCUGUGACUUUGGAGACCCUGAAAGCUGUACUGAUGUACCAGUUCAUCAGCGCCAAGGCAGAAUACCUUAGCGAGCCUUUCAUUCAGGCGAAAUUCUCCUUUUUUGAUCGAAUUAUCAGCGGUCAGAAAAAGCGUUCCCCGCGUUGGAAGGUGUGCCUUCACCAUGUUACUGAAAGCUUUCCUGAUUUAGUGGGCAAGCAUUUUGCGCACCUUCGGUUCGACAAAACUAGUAGGCAACUUGCCAGCAAACUUGUGGCGCAAGUUCAAGCUUCGAUGCAGAAUAACCUCAAGCAGAUGGAUUGGCUGGAUGGGCCUACUCGGCAAGCCGCUGUUGAUAAGCUAGACAAGAUGACUAAUCUUAUUGGGUAUUCGACUGUCUCCGAGCACUUUCCGUACAAACUACGUGGCGACGCACUACUUGCAGACAAUAUGCGAAUCAUCGUGGAGCAUCUGUUUUAUCGAUCUGUAGAACAGAUCGGUGGUUCAGUGAACCGCAACGAAUGGAUAGAGACGGGUGCUGAAGCGGGCGCGUACUAUAACCCGCAAAUGAACCAGAUCGUACUCCCUGCUGGCAUCCUACAGUCGCCAUUUUUCGCUUCGGAACAUCACCCUGCACGCAACUUUGCUUCUACUGGUCAUACCAUCGGUCACGAACUCAUUCAUGGCUUUGAUGCCUCCGGAAGAUAUUACGAUGGUGACGGCAGCUUGCAGAACUGGUGGAGCAACGACACAGCAAACAAGUUUUUACAGCGGGCUGAUUGUCUCGUGAAGCAAUACAAUAGUUUUGCAGCGACGAGUGAUGCAGAUCAGGAUAAGGUGCUUGGUUACGUCGACGGGAGCUUCACCUUAAAUGAGAAUAUCGCCGACAAUGGCGGCCUCAAGUUGUCGUUUAACGCAUAUCAAACAUACAUGAACAAGCAGGCCCGAGAGCUGAGCAAGGUGAGUGAAGCCGAAGUGACAAAGCUGACUAGUUCAAUGAGCCAAGUCUUACCUGCUGAUGUAGCCGACAAACUUUUCUUCAUCUCGUUCGCUCAGAGUUUUUGCGAUAAGACAAGCGACGCCAUGACGAUACAACGCCUAGUCGCAGACUCGCACUCGCCCGCGCGGUUGCGCAUUAACGGAGCUGCAAGGAAUUCGCGCGACUUUGCACGCGUGUUCUCGUGUCCCACUAGCUCGCCCAUGAACCCGAAGACAAAGUGUCAGCUAUGGUAG